AUGGGUAACAAAACGGUCAAAUAUGGAUUCUACGGACUUGUAGUACUUGUUUUGAGUGGAAUUCUGGGAGUUGGAAUAGUCAUCCUAACAAAGAUUGACAAAGAAGAAUCGUAUGUAAAGCCAGAAGAAACUAAGACAACGUCACGACCAGACCUUGCACCGACAACACCCCCAAUAAGUAAGUUCAAUUCAACCUUUUCUAUCCUUUUUAGUUCCUGACAACCCCCAGAACCAAUUAAAUAUACUUCCACCAUUGCCAGUAGAUCCACGAACGGAUCCACAUAGAUAUAAAGAGUUCAAACAAUACGCAGACCUGCUUAAAAACAGUUUGAACUACUCUUUUGACCCUUGCAACAACUUCUAUGAGUACGUUUGUAAGUCUUAUGAACCCACAGAAGAAGAAGAUCCAUACUCCGUCUUAAUUAACGUCCUUAAACAAAAGGGGGUAAGUAAAAAAUAGAUUAAGGUUAUGUUUAGAAUGAGAAAUACCAUGAAAAGGCAAGAGAAAUAUUCGAAAAAUGCAAGAGUAAGGAUGUAGAGUUUAACAAGACCGAGUAUUGGCACGAACUGUUCGAAUAUCUGGGGAGAAAUGAGUUUGGCCUUGCCUCUUUCCCUCUGAUCAGCAAGAAUAAAAGGAACGAUGCUGACAGUAUUGGGAAAACAAUCGGAUUAUUCGCUCAAGAAUUUGACCUUCAGACUUUGUUGCCUCUUAAAAUACGACCAAAUUGGAAACACACUCACAUUCUGGAAGGAUCACACAAGACACCUUACCUUUUAUAUAUUCAACCGGUCGAAUUAGAAAAGGAAUAUGAUCUUCUGAACACGUCCAAGGGAGAUUUUAUAUCUGGGAACAUCAGAAAAAUGCUGAAUAUACUGGGAAAGGGUAAGGUAAAGGAUAAAAACAUAAAAAAGGCGGUGGAAGAAUACAACCAGUUCGAAGAAUUCUCAGCAAAACUUUUGAAGGAUAUCAGAAAAACGUAGGUACUUCUACAAAAUUAUAAUAUGUCCUCAGGCCAAAGCAAUACAAUCUAUUCAACAUCACCGCAGCAAAAAAGUGGAGAUUUAUCAGCUUUUCUGGAUUUUUUGAACGAUUUCUAAAAUUUAAAUACCAUCGUCGCUUGGAAGAUUCAGAAUUCGAAUUCGCAAUAGAAUACCCAGAAAUAGUCGACAAAAUAGAAGUGUAUUUUAAAUCCAAAGCACCAGAAGUACUCCCCAAUUACUUGUAUACCCGUUUGAUUCUGAAGCUGCGUAAGUACCUCGAUGAUAAUAUCGCCUCAGGCCAAUCUGAGAGAGAAUGUGCGCGACUCGUGGCUGACGUUCUGCCCGACGUUACUAAUAGGCUUUAUUUGGAUUCCACAUUUCCAAGAUUGAAUGUUCGAAAAACAUUACUGGAUAAAUUGGAUUGGCUCGUCAGUGGUACAGUAAAUACUCUAAAGGUACAAUCUUGUUACCUAUAAACAUAUAAGACGAUUUAGAGACGUGUGGAGACCUUGGAUUGGAUGGAACGAGCUGCAAAAGAUAAAGCCCUGAGGAAAUUAAAUUAUUUAAAUAAAAUAAUUGGAUACCCUCGACGCAUAUUAGACGACAACGAAUUAAAUAAUCAAGUCAAAGAGCUUCAUCUUCAACGUAAGUCAUCGUUUGAUUUAAUUUAUACAAAACAAAUGUUCAGCUAAUCUAACAAUCGCCCAAUUUGAGGAAGAAUUAAGAUUAUAUAAAUUAAGUCAGGAAUACAAAGCGCUCGAUAUAAAAGAUGCUGUCGAUGUAAACAGAAUGGAUAGUAUGUUGGACUCAUCUAAACCUGUAUAUGAUCCCGAGUUAAACCGUCUCUCAUUACCAAUCAGUUUGAUUAAAACUAUAAAAUACGAUGAAUAUAAACCAACUUCUAUUAAUAUUGGACAACUCGGAACAGAGAUUGCAACAGAAUUAAUGAAGAUAUUCGAUGAUCAAGGGAUUCAACAUGAUGAGUUUGGAGAAUUGAAUGAUUGGAUGGAUCUAAACUCUAAGAAAGGGUAUGAGAAGACAAAGAAAUGCCUGAAAGAUCAAUUGGAAAACAUCGAAACGGAGAGCGGCAUCUAUUUUGAUACAAACGAAGUCGUCGAAGAAUCGCUAAGGAUCAAUGGAGGUAACUUAUCACAAGCUAAUGAACUCUUUUUAGGAACACAAAUUGCUUAUGAAACUCUAAAUAACAUUCAAUCUCUGUAUGGAGCAGAUCCCCGAUUGCCUGGAGACCUAUUACAACACUUCACUCAUCCGCAAUUAUUCUUCAUUUCAUAUACGCAAAAGCACUGUAAAAUUAACGGAGAAAAGCCCGUUAAUGGAAAGUUAAAAUCCCUCACAAACUUCCAUAGGGUUCUUGAAGUUCUUCAGAAUUCUCCGUCCUUUGCCAGCGCGUUCAAUUGCCAGACUGGAAGUGAUUAUUCUCCUCCGAAAACAUGUACUGUUUGGAACAGUGGACCCGAUCGAAACUCCCAAAGCUAUCCAGAAAACCCAGAACUGAUUACAAACAUCAGAAAGGGAAGAACCAUGGAAUCAGAAGAGUACAAAGAGAUCAGUAGAAGAGUUUUACAAAACAUAAAUGUCGACAAGGAACCUUGCAAUGAUUUCCUUAACUAUGCCUGUGAUCAUAAUUCAAAAGAUACCAUCGACGAUAACGCAGAAGAAUUCAUGGAGAUUGCUGCGCUGGCAUCGCUUAAAAGACGUUAUGGAAGUAACGUAAGUAGAGCUAACCAAGUAAUGAAAAAAAAAUUAGGACGUCUUAAGAAUCGGGAUUUCCCAUUUCGAAGGAUGCCAGGUCAAUCGAUUUAUAACAAAUAACCCUAUCGACGAAUUAUUGGAAUACAUCAACAAGACCUCAGACAACUGGCCAAAUUUCGUGGAUCCAAUAUCCGGGUACUCCACUCUGAAGCCAGAUUCAAUUUCCAAAGUUUCCCAUUAUUUGGCUAACAGUCUGGACAUUGAUACUUUCUAUAGAAUCCAGGUAAAAUUAGAUCCAAACAGGGCUUACAACAAUGCCUAUGUUAUCCAUUUACUGGAACCAAGAUUUAUUUUCGACCCUACGAUUACAACAUUAUUAGAUGGGCCAAGAUUUACUCAGGAAUAUAUUCAAAUUGCAUUAGAAGUAGUGGCAACUUAUUUCAAAGACCAAAUCGAGGACAGAGAUAGAAAAGAGAUGAAGAUAGCAUUGCAACAAAAUAUAAUUAGAGUGAUCGAAUACGAACGGAAAAUGAUGACUCAAGUGAUGGAAUUGAGGAAGGAAAAGGAAAUAAAAUACUUUACAUUAGAUGAGUUGGAUAAAAAAUAUCCGACAUUCAAUGUGAAAGGAUACAUUAGACAGAUGGAAUUGGUGGAGGCCAAGGAUAAUCAAGCUCUCAAAGCUAUUUUAAGAAAUCCUAAUCUGAAGAUCGUCGUUGACAAUCUGAAAGUUAUCGACUUUCUAUACAAAAGCCUAGAGAAGGCCAACAGAAAUGGGGUUUCGAUACAAGACCCGCUCAACUAUAUAUACUUGAAGAUCUUCCAUCGAUUACAAUAUCAUCUGGAGGCAUCUCUGAGACCUUAUUCAAGAUUAAUGGACAACUUCCUAAGCAUUCCAUUGGCACCAGCAAUCUCAAGAAAUUCUGAUGUGGACACUAAGGAUUACUAUUGCAUGAGACAAGUUCAGGCUCUUUAUCCCGAGAGUUAUGCAGCAGCUGUAAUAAGAGGGAUUUACAGAACAGAAGAUGAGUUUUUAAAGGCCAAAAUGAGCGUUGGCCAAAUUACGGAAUAUAUUGUUGACGGCUUUUUACAAGAUAUUGAUUCAAUUACAUGGUUUUCUACUGAAAUCAAACAGAAUGCGGCCAAAAAGUUGCAAAAUUUAAUCAAGAGUAUCGGCGGAUCGGAUGACUUAAUGAAGAACAUAGCUACCCCCAGAGAAAGGAACUGGAAGAAUGAAAUAAGACGAGUAAGGCAGCAGGAAGUAAGUCUUCUCUCAUUCGUCGGCGAUCCUCAUCGACUGCCUUACAAUGACAUUUCAUUCGUUUACUCAACCAUCCAUUCACUGGCAGAUGUCGAUAGAAACUCAAUAUUUCUCCCUAUAAAAUUCAUGACGCCCCCAUAUUACAAUCCCGGAUAUCCAACUGAAUGGACAUUUGCCCAAAUGGGAUCUGAAAUCGGUAACCUUAUCAGUCAAAACUUUGGAAUCGAGGGAAUAAAAAGAGACCGAGUGGGCAAUUUGGACAACUGGAUGAAUGAAGAGGGAUGGAAUCACAUCAAAAACAUGACAACUCAGAUAGAAAAACAAAUACUCAGUAAUGGAAUGUACGCAACCUCCCUGGACCGGGUAUUCGGGCGGUCACUUGGACUGAGAAUGGCCCUCAAGGGAUUUGAAUUGUGGAAAAGUAAACACGGAAGUCCGGGAAUAUGGCCCGAUAGAUUACUGUAUAAGUACACCUCAAAUCAAUUACUGUAUCUGUCUUAUGCCCAGCGGCAUUGCAGACUGGCGAAAGAUCCGAUCUUCACAUUCAACGAGUUGUUACUUAUAUUACAGAAUAAUCUAGGAUUCAAAGACGCUUUCAAUUGCCCGAAUUCAUUGUAUGCCCCAGAGAAUGCAAUCGAAAUUUGGGACAGUGAAAUAAAAGGGCAAGUGGAAACAACAGGCUUGCCAUAUCCACCACCACAACUAAACAUCCCGGAAAAUAACAAAUCCGAGUCAAAGAAAUACAAGGAAUGCGGAAAGAUAUUUGAAGAUUCAAUUGAUACAUCCGUCAAUCCAUGCGAGGACUUUUAUCAAUACUCUUGCGGGAAUUACAAAGAGACAAGCCCGUUUAAUGUACUUGAAGCCAAUAAUAAGGUCGGGCUGAUUAAAGAACUGAGGAGUUCCGUACAAAAUGAGCCCGUAAAAGCUCUAAAAUACGAGAAACAAAUCUUCCAGCAAUGUGUCAAACAUCUAAUCGAUUUUGAAUAUUUGAAUAAGGACGGAAAAAUUAUGACAGAAAUUAUUGAAAAGUUAGAAAAAGCGGUAGACAUUAGAUUCCCAUUGAAAUAUAAGGAAGAUUACAAGAUAGAGAUUACACCAGAAAAGAUAGGAAAGGCACUUGGAUAUCUGGCGGGAACAGAGAGUAUCAAUGUUCUCGUAACUCCACAGAUUUACACAAAUAUGAGAUUUCCAGAUAAAGGGUAUACGGUAUAUCUACUAGCCGAUCGAUUACUUCUCAGUUAUUAUAUAGCAAAUGGAGAUCCGGAAGAUGAAAUUGCUGGGAGAGUGAGUGAUGACAUCAUAAGAUAUCUGAACGUUGUAAGGACUGACACCGAAGGAAUCAGAGAGAAAAUUAUGGAGCAGGCAAAAAGUUUUAUUCAAAUUGAAAAAAUAAUUAUGGAAUCCAAAAUUAAUGAACCGAUUGAUCAAAGGAACAUGGCUAACAAGUAUGCGACUAUAACUCUACGAGAGUACAAAGAGAAAUACGCUAAUUCAAUCAAUAUAGCCAGUUACUUGGAAGGAUUUGUAAAUCAUUCCCCGGAGGCAAUUCCGAAGGUAACGUCUGACGACUUUGAAAUCGGACUUCUUCAACCGAACGACUUCCUAAACUUUACAAAAGCAUUUGAAACGAUCCUGUCCAAUCCUACUAUAACAUCCGACAACAUUGCCAAUUACAUUUUCUAUUCUGUCCUUGUAUUUAACAGCAAAGCAUAUCUACCACCAGCCACGAAUGUCCUGCACAUAACAUCAAGACACCCAACAGAAAUAGUCAACAAGAUUGCUUGGAAGAGGAAAGAUCCAGAAGAAGAAAAUAUUGUAAAUACAGAGUGCGGAGACGAAUGGAUAAACAAUAUCGCAUCUGAAGAUGAGAUCAGUCAAAUUGAAGAUGCCUGCUUUACAUUUACCAUCGAUAUGUUUGUGGAAGCAACCAAUAAAAUGUUUGUAAAAACAGUCAAAAAAGAUGAUAACACUAUAGAAAAAGAGAGAUUAGAAGUGGCCAAGAUGACUGAUUCUAUUGUCAUCGGGUUCAAGAACAUGUUGAAUCAGUUGGAAUGGUUGGAUAAACAAUCGAAAUCGGUAGGAAUACAGAUAGAUAGUCCAACUUUAUUUUCAGGAAGCUUUAAGCAAGACUGAUCUACUAGUCAAGAAUUAUAUGUUUGCCAAUCUAACUGGCGAUGACAAACUUUUUGAAGAAUACUAUAAAGCACUCGAGUUUAAAGAUGAUGACAGUUUUCCGGUAAUCGUAAGGAAAACUGUAAGAUUUAAUUCGGACAAAGUGGCGGCUGAUCUCGGUAAAGAUGUCUACGAUCGUUAUCUGACCGGGCUUAUUCAUCGAGCAAAUGCCUGGUACAAGGGACCUUCAAAUUCAAUUACACUUCCUCUUGGUAUUCUCCAGCAACCUUUUUAUGAUCCGGAAUGGCCAAGCUCUGUCAAUUUUGGAGCUAUUGGAGUAAUCGCAGGUCACGAAUUGACUCAUGGAUUUGGUAAAACCAGGCCAUUAAUCGAAAGCAUAUAAAUUUAGAUGACAAGGGAGUCCAAACUGAUUCAAUUGGUCGUCUUCGCACUUGGAUGACCAAAAAAACACAAGAAUCCUUCAAUGACAUGGCCAAAUGUGUUAUCGACCAGUAUGGUAAAUACUGUUUUGAUAAAGAUAAUUGUGUCAAUGGAACAAAAACUCAAGGAGAGAACAUUGCUGACAAUGGAGGGAUUCGGGCGGCUUAUGAUGCAUAUCAGAGAGAGGUCGAGAUGAAUGGCCAAGACCCCUCUCUUCCCAGUCCUAUGAUCGGACAGUUCAGUCAUGAUCAACUCUUCUUCUUGUCUUUUGCCAGAAUGUGGUGUCAUAAACCCUAUAAUGGAAGAGAAAUCCCGAGUAAACUAAAAGAUGUGCAUUCCCCUGGAGAGUUCAGAACUCUGGGAACUUUACAGAAUUUCCCGGCCUUCAAAAAAGCCUUUUCUUGUCCAGCAACAUCCACUUAUGCUCCAUCCGAGUUUUGCAGUGUUUGGAUAACAGAUAUAACGCCGAGUAAGUCGUUAUAUUCAUAACAACCCCAAUUUUAGCGCUGAAGCAACCAACGCCUAUCCCAUCGUAUGAACCGUAG